AUGGAUUAUGCACCCCCUGCUGCUCCCAACAGCAAUGGCGAGCCCAAAUACGGCGGCUUCACACGCUUCGAGAUCGAGCUCGAUUUCGUCCAGUCCCUCGCGAACCCGCACUACCUCAACCACCUCGCCGCGCAGAAGCUCCUCCAGCAGCCCGCCUUUAUCGCGUACCUGAAAUACCUGCAGUAUUGGAGAAAACCACCGUACCUCAGGUACCUAGCUUACCCUGGUCCGACGCUGCGCAAUCUCGAGCUGCUGCAGCAGGAGCAAUUCCGGAAAGACAUCAUCUCGCCGGCUGUUGUGCAGGAACUGGUGGGCCAGGGUUUGAAGGCUGCGGUGGACUGGCACCAGGAGGAAAAGGAGGCUUGA